CUAGAAGUUUCUAGGCGGAGCGGAGCGGCCGCUCUUUACCCAUAGUGCAGCGCGGCUCCCCUCUCCUCUCUCAGCUCCAUCAUGUCUGCGCUGGACGGUCCGCUCAAUGUUCUCGGUCAGCGAACCACCGGAGAGUCCGUCCGGACUCAGAACGUCAUGGCUGCGGCCUCCAUCGCCAACAUCGUCAAGAGCUCCCUCGGCCCCGUAGGACUCGACAAGAUGUUGGUGGACGACAUUGGUGACGUGACCAUCACGAACGACGGGGCCACCAUCCUGAAGCUGCUGGAGGUGGAACAUCCUGCGGCUAAAGUCCUCUGUGAGCUGGCAGACCUGCAGGAUAAAGAAGUCGGAGACGGAACCACGUCUGUAGUGAUCAUCGCUGCGGAGCUGCUGAAGAGCGCAGACGAGCUGGUGAAGCAGAAGAUCCACCCCACCUCCAUCAUCAGCGGAUACAGACUCGCCUGCAAGGAGGCAGUUCGCUACAUCAAUGAGAAUCUGACCAUCGGCACAGACGAUCUGGGCAGAGAGUGCUUGGUGAACGCUGCUAAAACCUCCAUGUCCUCCAAAAUCAUCGGAGUUGACGCUGACUUUUUUGCUAACAUGGUGGUGGACGCUGCCCUGGCGGUGAAGUUUGUGGACGGUAAAGGAGUGGCUCGCUAUCCCAUCAACUCCGUAAACGUGCUGAAGGCUCACGGACGCAGCCAGAAGGAGAGCAUUCUCGUCAACGGCUACGCGCUCAACUGCACCGUCGGAUCACAAGGAAUGACGAAGCGUGUUCAGAACGCUAAGAUCGCCUGUCUGGACUUCAGCCUUCAGAAGACCAAGAUGAAGCUGGGAGUGCAGGUCGUCAUCAGUGACCCAGAGAAGCUGGACCAGAUCAGACAGAGGGAGUCGGACAUCACUAAGGAGCGCAUCCAGAAGAUUUUGGCUUCAGGGGCGAAUGUUGUCCUGACGACGGGUGGGAUUGACGACAUGUGUCUGAAGUACUUUGUGGAUGUGGGAGCCAUGGCCGUCCGCCGCGUGCUCAAGAGGGACCUCAAACGCAUCGCCAAGGCGACCGGGGCCACCGUUUGCCCGUCUCUGUCGAACCUGGAGGGCGAGGAGACGUUUGAGGCGGCUAUGCUGGGCCAAGCCGAGGAGGUUGUUCAGGAGAGGGUGUGUGACGAUGAGCUCAUCCUCGUCAAGAAUACGAAGGCACGUACGUCUUCCUCUAUAAUCCUGCGGGGAGCCAAUGAUUUCAUGUGUGAUGAGAUGGAGCGCUCGCUGCACGACGCUCUCUGUGUGGUGAAGAGGGUCCUGGAGUCAAAGUCCGUAGUUCCAGGAGGGGGCGCUGUGGAGGCAGCUCUGUCCAUCUACCUGGAAAACUACGCCACCAGCAUGGGUUCUCGGGAGCAGCUGGCCAUUGCAGAGUUUGCUCGCUCACUGUUGGUCAUUCCUAAGACGCUGGCGGUGAACGCUGCUCAGGACUCCACUGACCUGGUGGCCAAACUGAGGGCCUUCCACAACGAGGCUCAGGUCAACCCUGAGCGCAAAAACCUCAAGUGGAUUGGUUUGGACCUGGUGAACGGAAAGCCCAGGGACAACAAGCAGGCAGGGGUCUACGAGCCCACCAUGGUCAAAACCAAAAGUCUGAAGUUCGCCACUGAAGCCGCCAUCACCAUCCUGCGCAUCGACGACCUCAUCAAACUCUUCCCUGAGCAGAAAGAGGGCGGCCCCUCUUACCAGGAUGCCGUCCAGUCAGGCUCUCUGGAGCAGUAAACCCCGCCUCCUCCGAGUAGCUAUUGGCUGGUCGUGGGGUGACUCCCCUCCGCUGUCUGUAUUUAUGAACAACCCAAAACAAUAGCAGUUGUAGUGUAGACCGUGCACUUUGCUCGUGUUUCUUUUGUUUUUGCUACCACGGCAACAAGUCAGUGUUGCUAAGUGAACUGUAACUAACGAUAGUUUGUUAUUGGUUUCUUGGAAGGAAAUAAACCGGAAAGGUUGUGUUUGA